CGUGAUACGAGAAGAAAUGCAUCUCCAACUUCAUCGGUCAUCUGUCUUCAAAAUGAGCCGGAGAAAGGAAAGAUUGGUUGCGAAUGUUGUCGAUAACUGAUUGGUUUCAUCACAUACUGCGUCCAAACAAUGAUUUUCAAGAUGGUGGCUCUGUGUUGCUGGCCAAGUUGCCUGACUCCGAAUCAGUCAUGGACGAUAUUGGACCAUCGGACCUGUCGGACCUUCCAUCCGGAUCUAUGGAAGAACAGCUGCUUCAUGAAGGUGUCUCUCCCACGGACGACUCGGGUGUUGAUGGAUCCCCUGAUGAACAUCAUAAUAUUGCCACACUUUCACCUGUGGGGGAUUUAGAUGACACCAGUGCAGCUGCUUUGUCUAUACCGCAGGAUGAAGGGGCCAUCCUCUCUGUGCCGGAGUCUGGUAUUAUCGCCACCCAAGGGAGUGUCGACAGCGGAACCUUGUUACAAGUCCCUGAUACUCAAUCGUCAUCUUUAUCAGUUGGGACUGUUCAAGGUCAGGGCUCUAGUGAGCAGGAGGUGAUUGGACUGUUGCUACAAGCUCAACAAAACAGCAGUGUUGACAACCCAUCAUCGAGUGCAUUGACUGGUGAUGCAAACCUGACCGACCUCCAGGCGAUUACUCUCCCUGAUGGAACCACAGCUUAUAUACAGCAAGAUGGCAAACUCAUAGAAGGCCAAGCGGUCCAGCUUGAAGAUGGGAGUACAGCUAUUGUACAGACAAUGGUUGAUAAAAGAGACAAUCAGUCAGUGAUGAGUCCAUCUGAUGCUGACUUGACCUCUGGUGCUACAGAUAUCUGUGGUCCUGGUGCAGGGAAGUUUGUUGAGGGACAAGCGGUCCAAUUGGAGGAUGGAACUACCGCUUAUAUACACUCGACACCUAAAGAGGGCUUUCAAGCGGUACAACUCGAAGACGGUUCUACUGCCUACAUAACUUCAACGUGUGCACAGAAUCUGUUCGAAGACAGCGAGCAGUUUGACACAAACAGUCUUGGUCUCGAGCCGCUGGGCUCACAGUUUGAGGAUUCUGCUGCCGAUAAUGACAGCAAGGCGUCUGUCACAACUCAUGAGAGUAUGACACUAAAUACCCGUGACAUCAACGUUGUCGGGGCGAUGAGACUGACCAGUGAGCGAGCCAUUGCGAUGGGUGACCGUGCUUUCCGCUGUAGCUAUGAUGGAUGUGGCAGGCUCUAUACAACGCAGCAUCACCUCAAAGUCCAUGAAAGAUCACAUACUGGCGACCGUCCUUUUGGCUGUGAAUUUCCAUCUUGCGGCAAAGCGUUUGCAACUGGUUAUGGUCUGAAGAGUCAUACCCGUGUCCACACAGGAGAGAAACCAUAUAAAUGCCCUGAAGAGACAUGUGAUAAGGCCUUCAAAACAUCGGGCGAUUUACAGAAACAUGUGAGGACACACACCGGUGAGAAGCCCUUCAAAUGUCCCUUCGAAGGCUGCGAUCGCUCGUUCACGACAUCCAACAUCCGUAAAGUUCACAUCAGGACACACACAGGGGAACGACCAUACAUAUGCUCGGACGAGGGAUGUGGGAAGGCGUUCGCUAGCGCUACCAACUACAAAAAUCACAUACGAAUACACACAGGCGAGAAGCCCUAUGUCUGCACUAUCCAAGGCUGCGGCAAGCGUUUCACUGAGUAUUCUAGUUUAUACAAACACCACGUCGUACAUACACAUUCUAAGCCCUACAUAUGUAACCACUGUGGCAAACACUAUCGUCAGACAUCGACUCUCUCGAUGCAUAAACGGACAGCUCACGGUGAUGAUUCGGAAGAUGACCCAACUCUGAUUAUUCCCCCAGACGGUAUUAGUGAGAACCUUGGUUUAGAACCGCAAAACAAGAAAAUGAAAAUGCAGCAUCUGAAUCUGGAUCUGGUGGAUGAAGGAGAGGGUACACUUGUAAUCAGUGAUCCACAGCUGGCCAUGGUUAGAUCAGGAGAGAGUGUUCAUGUUGUUUCUCAGGAAGGAGCUCUGUCUCUAGGAGGUCCACAACAAAUCUCAAUACAACAGUUACCUGGAGUCAUGUCGACUGGCGAUCAACAACAGAUCUAUCUCGUGACGGAUCCUACCCAACUUCAAGCACUGCAGCAACUUGCCUCGCAACAUACUGCAGUUGGUGGUAUGAUCCCUGUCUCUAGCUGCGUGUCAACGAUCACAUCAGAUGUUCUUGAGGGAACCGAUGCUGGAAUGGAUCCCGAUACAUGUGGAGAUGCUGUCGUUACCAACCAAGAUGGUUCCAUGAUUACAUUUUCAUCAUGAUAGUGAAUUGAAGCGGAUGUUAAACUGGUGACUUAUGAAACGUGUCAACUUGCAUGUGAAUGAAAUCACAGAAGAAUCCGCUUCAGAACUAGGUGCCUGAUUUCAACAUUUGGCCAUCUUGCAGUUCCGAAAAUGAAUAUAAUCGUAAUUUUCUGCUUAGUGGGGGUUAGAAAUUAGCUGAAGAAAAUUUACUGUGACAGUAAGAAAAAUACUGCUUGGGUUCUAGGUUUAAAACGCAAGAAAUACAUUUUGUACAGUCUAGAAUUUAUGUUUUGUCAGGAAAUACAGUGAUAUACUAAGUUUAUUUUUUGUGAGAAUUUGUUGUACAUCAGUUUCUGUAGAAUAAUUUAUUCUAAACCUUGUUGAUACAUGUAUGGUUGAUACCCGUUAUCCUUACAGUUUAGGAUUACAUGUCUGUUUUCUGUUUUAAGACAUCUUCUCGAUACGUUCUUGAAACCUCGUAAGCAAUAGCAUAUCCCGGGGAGUGGAUAAACAUUAUUCAUUUUCUUUCAUGUGUGCCUCAAGUUCAAGGCGCAUUCCUUCUAUUGGUCUCCUCUCGAUUCAUGGCCUUCUUGAAAAAAAAAAGAUGUUUCCAGUGUUGUGAGAAAUCUUUGUGAAAAUGCGUUCUGUGAGAAGUGGGUUUGUAUAUUUGUUGACUGUUCUGGAUCUACACUUAAAUGAUGUAUGAAAUUGUAAAUAAAACUUGUUAUGCAAUUUGUUCAGCAA